CUAACACUCUCGCGAUACGUCUGGAAGUCCCGCGAUACCAACGCAUACCAUUCGAGCUAAACUGGAGGGAUUCCUGAGCGUGUUCAGUGUUGUGGCCAAGCUAGCAGGCUAGCAGAGCAAAUAUAACUUAUCUGCAACCGACCUGCUCCUCUUCACAAACAAGGCAGCUCUGAGUGAAACUCUACCGGCUCUUCCUUUUCCUCUGAACCUUCCGUUUGUGCACUGCAACACUAGUGAUUCUCAGAAUGGAUUUAGAAGACGACACUACUGUCUUAACAACCUUGAAGUCCUUCAAUUCCUUCAUCAGCCGCCCUGAACAUCCACAGAGGCUGUCAGACCACUCAGCAGGGAGUGGAAACCUGCAGAGUCAGUACAAACGCAGCAUGGAGCUACUGGAAGCAGCAGACAGGGUUCACUCAAAGAAUCGAUACCUUCAGUUGGACCAGGAGAAGAAGCAGAUGGAGCUGAGUCACAAGCGAGCUCGAUUUGAACUAGAGAAGGCUGCUUCUGACAGUGCACGAGACUUGGAGCAUGAGGUUGAUCGGAACCAGGAACUCUUGGGUCGAAUAAAGAAGUUGGAGGAUAGACAGAUUGAGGCAGCUACGAACCUAUCAGAGCAGGUGGAGGCAAAUCGUGCUCUCCGUAAGAACCUGGAGGGCCUGAACAAGAAACUAGAGGAGCGAGAUUCUAGACUUAACACUGCUAACCAGACCAUCAGUUCUUUGAAGGAUGAGAUCAGAGAGCUGAAACUGAAGAUUCAAAACAAAGACUCAACAAUUUCCACUCAAACCCUGGAAAACCAGGAACUGCAGGAACAGCUAGAUUUACAGCGCAGGAAAUAUCAGGAAGUCUCUCAGCUUUACCAAAGUCUCCAAGCUGCCCAGUCCUCCUGCUCAGAGCACAUCAUCAAGAUUAAGGAGUUGGAGAGACGUCUAGCCCUCCAGGAGCAAGACAUCGCCAUUGUGAAAACUGUUAAGUCUGAGGUGGCCAAGGUUCCAGAUCUGGAGAAGGAGUUGAAGCACCUCAGAGAUGAUAAUGCCUUUCUCAGGGAGAGCAGGGAGAAUUGCAGCCUACUUAAAGAGGAGGUAGAGGGGCUGAGGAGGAAGCUGGAGAGGAUGGAGAAAACCAAAGAAGAGCUGGUCAAUAUGGAACUGGAGAAAGAGAGGCUGGCUCAGAAGCUUCAAGCCUGGGAAAACAUUGGGCAAUCUACUGGACUCAACAUAAGGAAACCAGAGGAUCUGUCCAGGGAGGUUAUUCAGAUCCAGCAAAGAGAAAUUGCUCUGAAAGAGCAGAACUACACACUCAACAGCCGUGUGAGGAGUGUGGAGCGCUCACAGGCUGAGCUCCGUGCAGAGCUGUCCCAGCAGCGCAGCAAGACUCUGGAGGAGCAGAAGAAGAGGGAGACACAGGAUGCUCUUGUCCGCCGGCUGCAGAAGAGAGUAUUGUUAUUAACAAAGGAACGUGAUGGAAUGCGGGCUAUACUAGAGUCCUAUGACAGCGAGCUGGCGCCUACUGAGUACUCUCCUCAACUCAGCAAACGGCUCAGAGAGGCAGAGGACAUACUGCAGAAAACACAGAGCCACAAUGCAGAGAUGGAGGCCCAGCUGACCAAAGCACAGGAAGAGACGGGGACACUCAAACUGCAGCUACAAACAGUGGAGCUGGAGCUGGACUCUCUGAAGAAGCAGCAGGCCUCUGCUGCAGACAGCAGCUCUUUAGCGACCAAAGAAGAGGUCAGCAUACUCAGACAAAAAAUUGAAGAUUUAGAGGCAGAGCGGCAGCGUUUGGAGGAGCAGAACAACAUUCUGGAGAUGAGACUGGAGAGACACAACCUACAGGGAGACUAUGAUCCAGUCAAAACCAGAGUUCUUCACCUCAAAAUGAACCCUACUACUGUUGCCAAGCAACAGCGCCAGCAGGAGGUUGAGGCUCUUCGGGAGGAAGUGACACAUCUCAGAGGACUCGUUCGCUCGUUGCAGGUUGGAGGCGCUCUGGUCCAUUCUCAAGACGACUCCAGCAUGCACAGCUCCAGCCUUGGCCUCAGUUUGCCGCCAUCAAAGGAGGUGCUAGAUUUACGUAAGCAGAUGGAGAGCUCUGAGCUCAGGAACCAGAGGCUGAAGGAGGUGUUUCAGAGAAAAAUCCAGGAGUUCCGCACAGUCUGCUACGUCCUGACCGGCUAUCAGAUAGAUAUCACCACUGAGAACCAAUACAGGCUCAGCUCAGUGUAUGCAGAGCACAUGGACGACUCCUUGCUCUUCAAAAAGGGCUCCAAUGGAAGCAUGCAGCUCAUGGAGACAGAGUUCUCCAAAACUCUGGGAGAGAUGGUGGCCCUUCAUCUGCAUCACCAGAAGAGCAUCCCAGCAUUCCUCUCUGCCGUGACCCUCGACCUCUUCAGCAGACAAACCACUAUCUGAAGUAAUCUUACACCAUCUCAGACACAGGGCUGUAAAAUCUAAGAUCGGGAUUAGUUUGGAUUUUAAAUUUCUAUAAUUUUUGGCUCUCAUCCUUGCUUUUUUGUGACUCAUAAGAUAUUCACAAAGCGUUUGAAAUGUCUCAGCAUUUCUCAACAGCUCUGACAUAUGAACAGUGCAGUCAGUGUUGUGUUGUGGAGGAUGAAUACCUUCUUCGGUGGAAUACUUCCAUUUUGCAUUCAAAAGGCUAAGAAAGCAACUUGGUAUCCCUAUUUGUACGCUGAAUAUUUCAUCAAUGAAUCUUUAAAAAAAAAACAUUUUUUUCUUAACAGGGCAAAGUUUCCAUGAAAAUUACUCACAAAAGCCACUGAUAUUUGGAUGUGGAGCAUGUUUUUUUAGUGGGAGUUUAACAUACACUCUCCACCAGGUGUACUACACACUCUGUGGAGCAGAAAAAACAUUUGUGUGGUUCUCUGGAUCUGCAGUCCAUGUGUUUUGCUUGGCCGAAAACAAGGCUGAAUCUUUGUUGACUCUUUUUAUUCUGCCUUUUGUGUCCUCUAAUAAAAGAUUUCGCACAUGUUUUGUGGCUAAAACUAGUCUAAGCCAAUCCAAAGACUAUAUUAAAGAAAUCCGUUUGAAUACAGGA